CAUAUUUUCUAAAGCCACUGAGGGCUUUAUGAGGUGAAGAUCAGCUGACGCUUUACAUAUGGUUUGACGGAGAAGGUCACCGGAAUGUCACAGGAUCUCAGGACCCAAGUUUCAAAGAGCCUGAAAGAAAACCAUCAGCCCCCCAAGGACCAGCAGAAUGAGUGACAAUUCUACUGUGGCCCCUCCAACUUCAAACCAAGGUCCCACCACCCCACGCAAAGGACCCCCCAAGUUCAAGCAGAGGCAGACUCGUCAGUUCAAGAGCAAGCCUCCUAAGAAAGGUGUGAAAGGGUUUGGAGAUGACAUUCCGGGCAUGGAGGGACUAGGAACAGAUAUCACGGUGAUUUGUCCUUGGGAGGCAUUCAGCCACUUGGAGUUGAACGAGCUUGCUCAGUUUGGGAUCAUCUGAGGCACCAGAGGUUCUGCCACUCUCAACAGCAACUGCUGUAACUUUGGUUACUUCUGCCCUAUUGAUCUGCCAGAGUCCUGACAUAACAGCUGUCGGAAGUGGUUUCUUUGGCUUACACAGUCGUUUCCCUUAAGUUACUAUUAAGAGUUCUCUUAGUGUCAGACUCUCUCAUGCAGUAUAGUUUAGCUCAGAAGAGUAGGUGAAAUCAACUUUUAUAGGGCCUUUCAAACAUUACCACUUUUUCCUAUCAGCUGGUUAGAAGUCAUCAGUAUUUCUCUAAAGUUUAAGUCUUUCAAAUCUGUUUUUGCUAGGCGUUAAUUAUGAUUGGUAUUAGGCUGUUAAGAUACCAUUUAUGUCACUCCUCUACCAUUUUCUUUAAUAAAGGAGAUACCUCGAAUCUCAUGAUGAAGUUGUAUUAAAUGCUAUAUGCAAAUAUCUGAUGUCCUGUUCUGAGACCCAAUUAAACAAAGAAGGCACAGUCA